AUGCAUAUGUAUAUGCAACCCUGCCUUACUUUCGCGCGCUUGCACAUGUAGGCAACGUAUGUCGCGUGUUAUGUACGCUGGCUUUCAAUGUUCCUCAAUUGGCACCUUCAAAAUGGCAGCUUUCUGGCCAACGACACGUGUGAUGCUCCAAUGUUGCAGAAUGGGUCGAAUAUUUGGCGGGUUCAUCAACAAUAAAGGCACGAGAGUCAACUGGAGAUGCUUGGUAUCAGCAGCAGAUAUACCACAGAGGCCCAAGAGACCAUCAGGGACAUUCAUGAUAUUCAGUCUGGAGAAACGCCAGCAAGUCAUCAAAGAAAAUCCAAGUAUGAAUAUUCCAGAGAUAGCUAAGGUGGUUGGCAAAAUGUGGAGAGAGCUCUCUGAAGAUGAAAAAGAGUCUUACCGGUCUCAGUCAAGACAGAAUAUGGAGGACUACAUGGAAGAAAUGGAAACCUUCAAAGCGAGUUUAACUGAGGAGGAAGAGAGGAUGCUUGAGGAGCAAACACAACAGGCAAAGAGCAACAAGGCAAAGAGAAAACAUAAACAGGAGUUGAGGAAGCUUGAGAAACCGAAGCGUCCGUUGACGGCUUACAGUGUCUUCUUACAGUCCAAACUUAAGAAUGCCUCUGGGAGUGUCACGGGUAAAAUGGCGGCUGUCAGCAAGGAAUGGAAAGAAAUGUCUGAGGAAGAGAAAACAACGUACUAUGAAUCUGCAGCUAGGACAAAGCAAGACUAUGAAGCAGCCAUGGUAGACUGGGAAGCCAAGAUGGAAGAACAAGGCAACAUGUCUGUUAUCCGAAAAUACAGACCACGACGGGACAGUGGGCAAGACAAGAAAAGUAAUCCAAGGAGACACAUCACAGACGAUGAGGAAGCACCAUUUUGAAAUUCAAUUAUUAUUUGUUAUUCAGAACUUGAUGACUUCAAAAUGAAUAUCAUGACCCUGUUGCUCAGUACUAAAAGAAGCUUGUUCAGCAUAGUUUUGUACAAAAACAAAAUCAAGUGGAACUACAAGCAGAGAAUGAAUAUUCAUAAGCUGCAUUCAUGGUGCUUUUGCAAAGGUGCUACAUACUUGAAUUAUAGGUGCCAUGUUUUCACUGACUCAAGUUGA